UUUAGGCCUACAGUUUUCUCAUCUUCCAUUUCAGUCCACUUCCUUGAGCAAACACAAAACAAAUCUUGCCAUCAUUUGGAUUUUAAGUAAUAAAGAUGAUGAUUAAUGCAAUCAAGAAUCCAAUUGGAUGUUUCAACAACUUUGAGUUACAAAGAGAAGCUGAAUUACUCAAGAAUCAACCCCCUUCAAAUGUCUACUACCCCAACACCAGAAACAACAACAACGAUCCUUUCAUCACUACUACUAAAUUCCCAUCUCCAUUGACAAACACUUCCUUCAUUAGCAAUACUAGUAAUAGAAUCAAUAGUACUAAUGAUAUUUCUCACUUGUUUCAACAAGAAGAUUACUCACCAUAUACCAAUGAUUAUGGACCUAUAUUGUCUACAUUCUCAUCAUUACCUGUUGAUAACGAAGUCAUGAUUCCAUUUAAUAAUGAUUAUGAGUUCAACACACCUGCUAGUAUUUACCCAAGCCUUAAACGCCAAAGACCAUGUGUGCUUCCUUGUUUUCCUCCAGAUAAUUUUGCAUUCAAUGACAAUGAUGGGAAUCCUAUGAGUAGCUGUUGCUGCCCAAAUUCUCUGGUGGACCAAUUUUUGCUUCCAUCACCAACUAAUACUACUGCUAAUGAGGUUCCAGCUGCACAACCGGCUUAUGCUAACUAUGGAGGUGGGGAUUACGUUGAGACGAGCAAUGGGAAGAAAUCUAACAGUGGGUACUUGUCGGCACAGAGUGUUGCGGCUAGAGAGAGGAGAAGAAAGAUAAGUGAGAAAACGCAGCAACUUGGGAAAUUGGUUCCCGGAGGAAGUAAACUGAACACAGCUGAAAUGUUUCAUGCUGCUUACAAGUAUAUCAAGUUUUUGCAAGCUCAAAUUGGUGCUCUUGAAUUCAUGGGCUCAGUUCAGGAAAAGAAGAUGGAUUGUUUAACUCCACAUCUGGGAGUUUUAUUGGCAUCAUUACCCAUCCAAGAGAAGUUGUAUGCUGAUGGAAAGUGUUUGGUCUCGAGUCGCUGCGCUGAAAUUAUGCGCAGGAAUUAG